UGGCGCCCACUGAAAAAUGAAAAUGCAGAUUCCCUUGUUCAAAAACCAUUGAGAAUUUCAAGACAGCAAUGGCAGAGCAUUAAACUAAACCCGAGACCCCUCGAGGCCAGGGUCCUGUGUGCCUGCACAGGUCACAUGCCCACGAAGCCAGCUCGGUGCAAGAGUCCUCAAAUCAAUCCUAACUACUACCUCUAAUUUGUUAAGAGGACACUCUGAUGUAAUUCUCAGCCCUCCCUUGUUAGGAAGUGUAGAUCUCACUAGCUCUUUGCAUAAGUUCUUAACGAGACCCCGGUCUCUUUCCAAGAACCUUCCUUUUGGGAGCCUUGUGCAAUUGGUAUGCCUAUUCUUUUACUAUUGUCAAACUGCACGUGAAAAACCUUGCUCUGUCUCUCCUUCUCUCUUCCCAGCUUGUCCAAGAUCCAGGUUCAAAGGAGGCUUACAGAUCUAGCCUGAAGCUCAGUAGUAGGGAAGAUCUCCAUGGGUUUGAUAAGCAGCAGCUUCUAGUGAGUCAUGAGGUCCCCCAGGUGCCAGCAACCUACACCAUGGGCAUGCUGGGAAAACCUCCCACCUGGGCCUUUGCCCUGGGUCCAGAGUCUGUGCCUUAUCUAGGUAGUUGCUGAGAACAACUGGAGGCCAUACACAGCAGAAGUUCCUUGUUUUCCAGGGGCCUGUGACGGCCAUUGCAACAUCUGAAGCCAUGGCCAGUGGGGAGGAUGGGCCAAGGAGCUGUAUGGUAUGUGGGGACCGAGCCACCGGUUAUCAUUUCCACGCCCUGACUUGUGAGGGCUGCAAGGGCUUCUUCAGGUAAGAGCCUCUUCCCCAGGAGAAACAACCUGCCAAACUGCCCACCAGGCAGCCUUUGAGUUGUGGCACAUGCCCGAGCUUGUCCAGCUAUGUUACUCCUGCCUCAUGGAGCCUAACUGCGCUGUGGCUAGCAUGCUACAUCUUGCCAACCUCAACAUCUCAUAAAUAGGGGCAUAAAUAGAAUAAUAGGGGGAAGGCCGUGUCUGUCCUGUGGUCACAACCCCUUAGUCAAGAGCACUUCUUCUGUACUCACUACCUGCAAAGCACCAAGCCAGUGAUCUUGUGCCCCUGUGCUUGAGAUGUGUUGUACCCUACCCACCCUUAGGGACCCUUGGGCACAGCUCAGGUUAGCCCACGUCCCCACACAUCCUUGUAGAUCAUAUCUUCUCAGCCCCUCACAUACCACCUGUUCACUGCCAUCCGCAACCACCCUCCCGGACGUCUCCAUCUCUCACAGACGAACAGUCAGCAAAAACACUGGUCUCACCUGCCCCUUUGCUGGAAACUGUAAGGUCAACAAGGCCCAGAGGCGCCACUGCCCAGCCUGCAGGUUGCAGAAGUGCCUAGAUGCUGGCAUGAAGAAGGAAAUGAUCCUGUCGGCAGAAGCCCUGGUCCAGCGGCGGGCGAAGCAGGCCCAGAGGCGGGCCCAGUGGGCACCUGUGCAGCUGAGCAAGGGGCAGCAAGAGCUAGUCCAGACACUCCUGGGGGCCCACGCCCGCCACGUGGGCACCAUGUUUGACCAGUUUGUGCAGUUCAGGCCGCCAGCUCAUCUGUUCAUCCACCACCAGCGCCUGCCCAUCCCGGUCCCCGCACUGCCUCUGCUCAAGCACUUCGCAGAGGUCAACACUUUCAUGGUACAGCAAGUCAUCAAGUUCACCAAGGAUCUGCCCCUCUUCCGGUCCCUGCCCAUGGAGGACCAGAUCUCCCUUCUCAAGGGAGCAGCGGUUGAAAUCUGCCAUAUCGCACUCAAUACCACUUUCUGUCUCCAAACACGAAACUUCCUCUGUGGGCCGCUCUGCUACGCGCUGGAGGACGGCGUCCACGUGGGGUUCCAGGAGGAGUUUUUAGAGUUGCUCUUUCGCUUCCAUGCCACACUGAGGCGACUCCAGCUCCAGGAGCCUGAGUAUGUGCUCAUGGCCGCCAUGGCCCUCUUCUCUCCCGACAGGCCUGGGGUUACCCGGAGGGAGGAGAUUGAUCGUCUGCAAGAGGUGAUGGCACUGACCCUGCAGAGCUACAUCAAAGGCCAGCCGCCAAGGCCUCGGGAUCGGUUUCUGUAUGCGAAGCUGCUGGGCCUGUUGGCUGAGCUCCGGAGCAUUAACAACGCAUACGGGUACCAAAUCCAGCACAUCCAGGGACUGUCCGCCAUGAUGCCACUGCUCCAGGAGAUCUGCAGCUGAGGCCCCAGCUUGCCUCCUUCCCCAGC